AUGGAAGGAGGGAAAGAAGAAAAGAAAAAUGAGAAGGCAAAAGAUAUGAUUGAAGGAAAGGUAGAAAAGAAAAAAGAUGAUAUUGAAUUGAUCAUUGCUAUUUACAAAUUAAACUUGCAUUGUCAAGAAUGUGGAAACAAAAUCAAGAAGCAUCUCUUAACUACUCAAGGAGUACAAAGUGUGGAAAUGGAUAUUGAGAAAGGAGAGAUCAAGGCAAAAGGGAAAUUGGACCCUUUGAAAGUUUUGAAGAUUAUAGCGAAGAAGAGUAACAAAAAAGUUGAAUUAAUAUCACCAAAAGUGAAGCCUAAAGAGAUUAUUAUUAGUAAGCCAAAGGAAAUUAAGGAUCCAAUCGUUCGAACUAUAUCCGUGAAGGUUCACAUGCAUUGUGACAAAUGUGAGGCUGAUCUAAAAACUAUAUUAAUCAAGCACAAAGGUAUCUUCAAUGUCAAAACCGACAUGAAAGCUCAAAGUCUAACCGUUGAAGGGACCAUUGAAGUGGAGAAAUUGUUAUCAUUUUUGAAAAAAAUAAUGCAUAAAAAUGCACAAGUUAUUUCCAUAAAAGAAGAAAAAAAGGAAGAGAAAGAAGAAGAAAAAAAAGACAAAGGCAAAGAAGAAGAAAAGAAAGAUAAGGGCAAGGCUAGUGGUGAAACAAGCAAAGUAAUAGAAAUUCAUCAUCAUGGGAUUACAAGAGAUGAUACUAAAAUAAAUGAGAAUAUUAAUGUUCCUUAUAUUAUUCACUAUGUUUAUGCACCACAACUUUUUAGUGAUGAGAAUCCUAAUUCUUGUUCUAUUUCUUAA